AUGCAUCACAAGAUUCGGCAUUUUUCGAAUUCAGCCCAAGACUUCAGAGACUGCUUAGUUCAGUCUUUAGUUGAAACUAUACCAGAAGUUUCCGCCAAAAAAGUUCUGGAUCUAGCCGUUGACCUGAAAGCUAAUGUAGAUAUCGGAGAAUUUAUGGAUACUUUCAAAUACAAACGUAAACGUCAUUUCGUUGCAAAAGCCUUCAGGAAUGACAUUUGGCUUCAAAUAAAGACAUUGAUUAAAAGCCAAAAGCAAAAGCCAGCGUUUUACGAAAGAUUACUACUCUCACUGCAUGGAAAAGAGAAAGCAGAGGAGCAAAAGAGAACGUUUUACGAAAGAUUACUACUCUUUCUGCAUGGAAAAAAGAAAACAGAGAAGGAGCAAACACUCGAGGAUCUCUUGCAAGAGAUUGCAAAAAGUUACUCUGACGAAAGCGGUCGUAUUUUACUUGCCAUUUCCUUCAUUGGGUUUUGUAUUCGACUUCUUCAAGUAUUCGCCAGCUUUUCACAGAUUGGGCCUCUUUUGAUAAUGAUCGCAAGAAUGUUGAUUGAUACAUUUUACUUUUUGGGAGUUUUAAUAGUUGUAGUGAUAUCGUAUGCCGUUUCAUCACGUGCAAUUUUGUACCCAAACACUGAGUUUACGUGGCCAUCAUUGUACACGACAUUUCGGAAACCAUACUGGCAUAUAUUUGGGGAACUUUUUCUGGAUGAAUUAGAAGGCGAUGCCAAAUGUGGUGCUGUUGGAAUAUUGGCAAACAGCACGGCACUCUGUCCGUCCGCCAUGGCGAGAUAUGUGAUUCCCGUGAUGUUGGGAGUGUACAUGAUCAUUGUGCAACUGUUACUCAUCAAUCUCCUUAUUGCAAAGUUUACAAAGACAUUUGAUAAAGUUUAUGAUAAUACUAUAAUGCAUUGGCGUUUUCUUUAG